GCGCAAACGGAUCAGGAUCAAACCCACCGACCCCAGCGCACGCGAGGAGUCCACGCCCCCACGUGGACGCCCACCCGCCGCUCUUCCCGCCGCCGCCGGCGUCAUGUCCCCCGGCGGCGUCUUCCUGGGCGUCGACGUCGGCACAGGCAGUGCUCGCGCAGGCCUAUUUGAUGAGAAGGGUAAGUUGCUGGGUUCGGCGAGCAGCCCUAUACAGAUAUGGAAAGAGAAAGAUUGCAUCGAGCAAUCGUCGACGGAUAUCUGGCAUGCUGUGUGUGCUGCUGUAAAAUCUGCAUGCUCGCUGGCAAAUGUUGCCCCUGACGGUGUCGUCGGUCUUGGCUUCGCUGCUACUUGUUCCCUUGUUGCUGUUGAUGCUGAUGGUUCCCCUGUUUCGGUUUCUUGGAGUGGUGAUGCCAGAAGGAACAUCAUUGUGUGGAUGGACCAUAGAGCUGUCGAUCAGGCUGACCGAAUUAAUGCUCGCAAUUCGCCUGUAUUACAAUAUUGUGGCGGUGGCGUCUCCCCAGAAAUGCAAGCACCAAAGCUUCUGUGGGUAAAGGAAAAUCUGCAAGAGUCUUGGCCUAUGGUAUGUAGGUGGAUGGACCUUAGUGACUGGUUAGCAUAUAGAGCGACUGGUGAUGACACCCGCAGCUUAUGCACAACAGUUUGCAAAUGGACAUAUCUUGGACAUGCACACAUGGAGCAGUGGAGGGAAUCAGAUUCGCGUGAUAUGGAAGCAUGUGGAUGGGAUGAAGUCUUUUGGGAAGAAAUAGGCUUGGGAGACCUUGUUGAAGGGAAUCGCGCAAAAAUAGGACGAAGUGUGGCGUUUCCAGGCCACCCACUAGGUUCUGGCUUGACUCCUACUUCUGCAAAGGAGUUAGGCUUGCUUCCUGGGACACCUGUUGGAACUUCGCUUAUUGAUGCUCAUGCUGGUGGUGUUGGAGUCAUGGAAAGUGUGCCAGAUGCAGGAUCGGAAGCUGGCUCGUCUGAUGAAGAAGCAAUAUGUCGCCGCAUGGUCUUGGUUUGUGGAACAUCUACAUGCCACAUGGCUGUUUCCAAGAACAAAUUAUUUAUCCCUGGUGUAUGGGGGCCAUUUUGGUCUGCGAUGGUUCCUGAGUAUUGGCUCACAGAAGGUGGUCAAAGUGCAACUGGUGCUCUCAUUGAUUACAUUGUUCAAAACCAUGCUGCUGCUCCCCUUCUUGCUAAAAAUGCUGCUUCUCAAAGUGUAUCCAUAUUUGAGUUGAUGAACAAGAUGCUGAUUUCGAUGUCACAUGAACAAAAUUUGCCCUUUCUUUCUGCUUUGAGUCAAGAUACCCAUGUCCUUCCAGAUUUCCAUGGAAAUCGGUCCCCUGUCGCUGAUCCAAAAUCCAAAGGGGUGAUUUGUGGCUUGACACUUGAUACAAGUGAGAUGCAUUUAGCGCUUCUGUACCUAGCAACAAUUCAGGCUAUUGCGUAUGGCACUCGUCAUAUUGUGGAGCAUUGCAAUACUAAUGGGCAUAAGAUUGACACUCUUCUUGCCUGUGGUGGACUUGCAAAAAACUCCUUGUAUAUCCAAGAACACGCAGAUAUCAUUGGAUGCCCAAUAAUACUUCCUAGAGAGAGCGAGUCUGUGCUUUUAGGUGCUGCUGUUCUUGGUGCUGUUGCUGCAAAGAAGUUUCCUGGCGUCCGUGAUGCAAUGAAGUCACUGAAUGCAGCAGGGGAGGUCGUGCAUCCGUCUUCAGAUCCCCGGGUGAAGAAAUAUCAUGAUGCCAAAUAUCAGAUAUUCAGGUCUUUGUAUGAACAACAGCUCUCUCAUCGCUCAGCCAUGUCGCAAGCAUUGCAGUAGGGACUAUAUGACCACUGAGCCGGGUACUCUAUUCUUGGUUCUGAAUACCCUGGAUUUGUCGACAUGUUUCCUUUCUAUUUACAUGUAAAAGAAGAAGAAACACUCCGUGAUGGAAGCAGUGAUACAAUGCCUAUUUGUCGCAGAAAGUAAAGCAAGAUGAUCCUUUUGAAAUGGCAAUA